CAGUCCUUCAAAACAAAUUUCGAGCUGCGGGUUCAUCGGAGAGUUCACAGCGGCGAGCGGGUUUUCUCCUGCUCAGAGUGCGGUUACAUAUGCCUAACCAAGUCGCAGCUCCUUAUACACAGGAGGGCCCACACCGGCGAGAAGCCCUUCUCCUGUUCUGAGUGCGGGAAAUGUUUUGCCUAUAAAGGAAAUCUCAGCACCCAUUUUAAAUGCCACACCGGGGAGAAGUCUUUUACCUGCCCAGAGUGCAGGAAAGGUUUCACCCAGAAGGGACAGCUGCUUAUUCACCAGAAAAGUCACAUGGCGGAGAGCCCCGUCGCCUGUUUGGAGUGUGGGAAAGCAUUCAAAUCCAGAUGUUACCAGAGGUUACACACCGGCGAGACUAUCUUUUCAUGUUCAGAGUGCGGGAAAUCCUUUCUAAAGAAGUCCCAGCUUACGGGACACCAGAGGAGCCACACCGGUGAGAAACCCUUUUCCUGUUCGCAGUGCGCACGUACUGUUCAACACAGCGAUAAGAUAUUUUCAUGUUCCGAGUGUGAUAAAUACUUCACGAGGAAGGCACACCUCAUCAGACAUCAGAAUAAUCACUCCGGAGUGCGGCCCUUUCCAUGUCCAGAGUGCGGGAAAUCUUUCAGGGACAAAUCAAGCCUUGUCCUACACGAGAGGGUCCACAAGGACGAGAGACCUUUCCCAUGCUCGGAGUGCGGCCAGAGCUUUAAAUGGAAAUCUUAUCUCAUGACGCAUCUCAAAGCACACAGAGGCGAGACUCCUUUUUCGUGUUCCGAGUGCGGGAAGUGUUUCAAAGAAAAGAGAGCCCUUAUAAUACACCAGCGAGUCCACACGGGGGAAAUGCCGUAUUCGUGUACGAUGUGCGGGAAGAGUUAUACCCGGAAAGAUACUCUGAUCACACACCAGCGCACCCACACGGGUGAAAUGCCGUAUACGUGUACAGAGUGUGGGAAAGGGUUCACGCGGAAACAAACGCUCCUCAAACACCAUCGAACUCACACAGGGGAGCGUCCGUAUACCUGUCCAGAGUGCGGCAAAUGCUUCACCCAGAAAUUCUGCCUUGACCAACAUCGGAGGGUUCACACCGGAGAGAAGCCCUUUUCCUGCUCCGAGUGCGGCAAAUGCUUCUCACAGAAAGGAAGUCUCAACACCCAUCUGAAAUGCCACACCGGCGAGAAGCCCUUCACCUGUUCAGAAUGCGGGAAAUGUUUCAUACAGAAGGGACAGCUCCUUACGCACCAGAGGAGGCACACGGCAGAGCGUCCUUAUGCCUGCUCAGAGUGCGACAAGGCGUUCAAAGUAAAAUACGAACUCCUCCAACACCAGAGGUUCCACACCGGGGAGAAGAUCUUCUCCUGCAUGCGCUGCGGGAAAUGCUUCAUAAAGAAGUCACAGCUUAUUGUACACGAGAGGGGUCACACUGGCGAGAGACCCUUUUCCUGUUCCCACUGCAGGAAAAGUUUUGCGCAAAAAGGUCACCUGAAUAAUCACCAAGUUGUGCACACUGGGUUGCUGCCCUAUACAUGUUCAGAAUGUGAUAAAUCUUUUGGCGAAAAGGCAGUACUCAUCCAACACUUUAGAGUUCACACUGACGAGAGACCAUUUUCUUGCUCAGAAUGUGGACAGGGUUUCAAGCAGAGAAGCCAUCUCAAGAGUCAUCUUACUGUUCACUCAGGUGAGAAGCGUUUUUCUUGUUCAGAGUGCGGGAAGUGUUUUAAAAGUAAAGCGAAGCUUGUGAACCACCUAAGGGUUCACACUGGAGAGAAGCCCUUUUCAUGUCCUGAAUGUGAGAAAUGCUUUGCAGAAAAAGGUUAUCUAGUUAUACACCAGAGAAUUCACACAGGUGAGUGUCCUUAUAAGUGCUCAGAGUGUGAGAAAACAUUCAGUUGCAAAAGUUACCUCUUUAAACACCAGAAACUUCACACCGGUGAGACCUUUGCAUGCUCAGAGUGUGAGAAAUUCUUCAGAAAAAUGUCACUUCUCUCUAAGCACCAGAGAAUUCACAAGGGUGAAAAACCCUAUGACUGUUCCAAGUGUAAGGAAUCAUUCACUACGCAAUCACAGCUCAUUAAGCACAAAAGUGUUCACAGCAGGUAA